UUAUGUUUAUGUUAUGAUUAUAACACUUAUCAGAUACAUGAGAUAAAUAAUUUCAUAGGUUAAUCAUGAUAUAAAAGAGUUUGAGUAAUAUAUGUUACUCAGUGAAUUUUAACACCAAUUUUUAUAAAGUGUGCAUAUUUCCUAAUAAAUUAUUCAACAAAAUGUUCGGGUUUUCAACACUUACCCAAAACAUCUAUCAAAAAUGGUUCAAUGUUCAAAGACAGACAGUCGAAGGUGUUCAAUUAAUGCAAUUAGCCUUAUUUAGAGGAGGAAUUAUUUUUAUCAGUUCCAUUGUUACUAUUUGGAUAUCGAUAUUUCUGUAUACUGCAUUCUAUUAUUCAUACAUGCCAAAUAUGUUAUACACUCGUCCAGUACAUUUAGGAUUCCAAACAUGUUCGAAAGAAGGAAAAGGCAUGUGCAGUUAUCCAUCAGCUUAUGAGCAAUUGACAAAAAAACAACAAUUGUUGAUGGUUGGACAACCAUAUAAAAUAAAUCUACAUCUUGAAAUGCCUGAAUCACCGGCUAAUAAAGAACUUGGUAUGUUCAUGGUAUGUGGGAAGUUGUUCAGAAGAAACAAUAAUUUUAUGGAUGAAUCUUGUAGACCGACGAUGUUACAUUAUCGUAGUAAACUAUUACAUUUUCUAUCAACGUUUACAUCUUUUCCAAUAUUAUUUUUUGGUACUCAGGAAGAAAAACAAACUAUUGUUGUAGAAUUAUUCAGCAAUUUUAUUGAUGACCAAGACUAUCCUGUCACUGGCCUUCAUGUAGAAAUACAAUCACGCCAAAUUGAAUUUUAUUCUGCAUCAGUUAGUAUUCAAGCCCAUCUAUCGGGUUUGCGAUAUUUAAUGUUUCAUUGGCCCAUUUUUUCUGCUGUUAUUGGAAUCGGUUCUAACUUAUUUUUUAUUGCUCUCAUUUGUAUAUUAUCGUAUUUGCAUUUCACUCACGAAAGUGAUUUACAUGAUGGCCAAUUUAAUUAUGAAAAAGGAGAAUUGGAAGAUAGCCAUAAAAAUAAUACUGAUUUGUCAUCAGAAUCGUCUUCAAUAGAAGAUGCAUCUAUGCUUGAAGAUGUAAUGAAAAGCAAAGAGGAGUUAACUGACUCGGAACUAAACUUAUUCCACAAUAAAUCUAGUUUUAUCGAAGAACUCCAAUCAGAUCAAUAAAUGGUGAUGUAUACUUUGUAAACAGAAUUAUUGCAUUCUAGAACAAUGAUAGCGUCAAAAAUUCAGAUGAAAUUUUAUUUAUUUGUUGUUUAUACAAUAAUGAUGAUAGAGGUAUAUAAACAAUUCCUUUACAACUUUUGUUAUACUGUCUGAACUUUAUUUAU